CGCGGCAGCGCCGGAAGUGGCGACUGGUCCGCGCGCGGAUGGCGGCGGCGGCGGCGGCAGCGAUGACGACGGCGGCGGGGGCCGGUGGGGCCGGCGGGGCCGGCGCGGCCCGCUCCCUCUCGCGCUUCCGAGGCUGCCUGGCUGCCGCACUGCUCGGGGACUGCGUGGGUGCCAUCUACGAGGCGCAGGACACCGUCAGCCUGACGUCAGUCCUGCGUCACGUCCAGAGCUUGGAGCCCGACCCGGGCACGCCGGGCAGCGCGCGCACAGAAGCCUUGUACUACACAGAUGAUACCGCCAUGGCCAGGGCUCUGGUGCAGUCCCUCUUGGCCAAGGAAGCCUUCGAUGAGGUGGACAUGGCUCACAGAUUUGCCCAGGAAUACAAGAAGGAUCCUGACCGGGGAUAUGGGGCUGGAGUCAUCACUGUCUUUAAGAAGCUACUGAGCCCCAAAUGCCGUGAUGUCUAUGAGCCUGCCCGGGCCCAGUUCAAUGGAAAGGGCUCUUAUGGCAAUGGGGGUGCCAUGCGGGUGGCAGGCAUCCCACUGGCCUAUAGCAGUCUCCAGGAUGUGCAGAAGUUUGCCCGGCUCUCUGCCCAGCUGACCCACGCCUCCUCCCUGGGUUACAACGGUGCCAUCCUGCAGGCCCUGGCUGUACAUCUAGCUCUGCAAGGCGAGUCAUCCAGUGAGCACUUCCUGGAGCAGCUUCUGGGCCACAUGGAGGAACUGGAGGGGGAUGCCCAGUCAGUACUGGAUGCCAAGGAGUUGGGUAUGGAGGAGCGUCCAUACUCCAGCCGGCUCAAGAAGGUUGGAGAGCUGCUAGACCAGGACUCAGUAAGCCGAGAGGAAGUGGUGUCCGAGCUAGGGAAUGGCAUCGCUGCCUUUGAAUCUGUGCCCACUGCCAUCUACUGCUUCCUGCGCUGCAUGGAGCCUGACCCUGAGAUCCCCUCCACCUUCAACAGCCUCCAGAGGACUCUGAUCUACUCUGUCUCGCUUGGUGGGGACACAGACACCAUAGCCACCAUGGCUGGGGCCAUCGCUGGUGCUUACUAUGGGAUGGAGCAGGUGCCAGAGAGCUGGCAGCAAAGCUGUGAGGGCUAUGAGGAGACAGACAUCCUGGCCCAGAGCCUGCACCGAGUCUUCCAAGAGAGUCUGUGAGGGCCAUGGCUGCGGGGACUCUGACAGUCCCAGCAGGACCAAGUGUAACUCAGAUUGGAAACCUGGAGUACCCUCACAAACUGGGAAACCCUGGCUUCCCUGCCUUGUGUUCCUAAAAGGCAGGCUGAGGGCACCCUUAGGGUUGAAGUCUUGGGAAGGUCAGUGGAACCAUGGUCAAAGGACUGGUACCUCCUUUUGGCUGGAGGUCCAGCUUCUUGUAGGGCAAUAGGGUGCCUUUGGUGUUCUCAAGAUGAGAGGGGCUGGGACAGGUUUGGUUUGGAGGGGUACCUGUGACAUUCUUUUUUAUCUAGAACAUGGGACUCGGGAAGGUGGAAAUGACCUGUGGAGCAUUGUAUCUCCCUCUGGAUAUUAAGCCAGUUUGGCAGACAGCUUGUCCUGGCUGGGCAGGGCCCCAGCAGCAGGUUAUGUGAAUCUUGGGACUAGCAUCUGCAUCCAGCCCAUGCUGGCCCUUGGCUGGCUUGGAUGACUUGUUGAUGGCUUCUGGUUGAAGUCACAGCAAUAAACACUUUUUAUCCUGUUUCUCCA